CCACCCCGACCAAACUCCAAAACCCGAGACCACCACCACCACUCCAAACUCCACUCGCUGAACUAGCUCUCACAUCUCACGCAAACACACGCAUCUACAGCUACUACAGUACGCCGCGCGCCAUACAAAUCGUCGAGCAAUCCGCCUCGCUCUCGCCGCCCGCACCCACGCUCACGCACGCUCGCCUCACCACCCACAGCGCACGCGGCCACCAAUGGCGAGCGCCCGCGCGCGCGGCGGGCGAGCCUUCUUCCUCCUCGUACUCGUGCUCGUCGUCCUCGCGGCGCCCGCGGCCGCGCUGCGGACGUCGGCCAUCUCCGCGGCGCCGGAGUACCCGCGGCUCCCCACCGGGCCGGGCCACGGCGGCGGGAGGCACGCGGCGCCCGCGCCCGCGGCGGUCCUCCCGCCGGCGCCGGCGCUCUCGCCGGACAUAAUGCCGCUGCUCCCGUCCCCGGGGCCCGACUCCGACGGCUCCGCCGAGGCGCCGUCCGACGUCAUGCCCACCAUCCCCUCCAGCCCGAGCCCGCCCAACCCCGACGCGCUCUUGCCGGACUCCGCGCUCGCCCCGUUCGGCUCCGCGCCCGCCGUCGCCGCCCAGUCCCGCGCGCCGCCGCCGUCGACGACGACGGCGGCGGCGGCGGCGUGGGCGCUCCCCGUGGCCGUGGGGCUAGUGGCCAUGUGGUUGGUGUAGUGGGCGAGUGGUGCAAGCGACAGCAGCUGCAGCUGCAGUUGCAGCCUUCGGGUUCAGUCGUGCAGGAAAAAAAGUUGGCCGUUGGUUGGUCGGUUGGCUUUGUAUUCUUGGCAGCAAAAAUUGUGAAGAAAUUGUUGCUUCAUUUCACUAAAUUUUUUUAGCUUUCGAUCUCCUGUAAAUUUUUCUGUCAAGUUUACGUAAUUGUUUCUGGAUGGGGGCGGCUACAUGCUAUAGUUUUUUUUUUCUUUCUGUUUUGUAAUUGUUGUUAUGAGGGGAUUACUUGGUUCAUUGCUGUAAUAAAAUCAGAGAGGAUAAUAGUCUGUUCCUAUCACUUCUCACUCA